UGAUACUUCUGUCUCCCAUGGCUCUAAUUGACUGCCUAGAGGGUAUUGUUAAACCACUCUAAUGUGGGGAAUGUACAAUGUGCAGAGGUUAUUUUGAUGCUACAUUUGAUAUUUUAGGUGAAUGUCAAGUACAUUAUUUGCUAUAUUUGUAAAGGAAUUAGACUGAAUAGAAAAUAAAACUGAACUAAGAACUGUUUUGGGGUUCUGUGUCUACAAGAUUGCUCAGCUUUGAAGGCUCUUGCACAAGCCUGAUAACAAGCGUUUAAUCUCUGGUUCCCACAAGGUGGCAGGAGACAACCAAUUCUUGAGGGUUAUCCUUUGACCUCCAAAUUCACGUGCCUGUACACACAGGACAGACCCAUGCAUACACAGAAACAAAAAUUAUUUUUUGUAAGUGUGUUUUAAGAUCAAGUUUAAGUUAAAAAAAAAACACAUUUUAUUUUAAAUUCUAAAUAGUUAAGCUGUUUGUGAUCCAGAGGAAAUCUGUGUUGAUAAAAAAAGUAAAGAUAUAUAUCUUUAUAUCUAUAUGAAUUAUAAUGUAUAUUAUAACUCAUAACACAUAUAUGUAUAUGUGUGCUAUGAAUUAUAAUACUGAGUAAUAACUUUUUAGAAGUUCAUUUUCACCCAUGGUUUCAUUCUUGUUUAGAUUUAUGGCUUAUUUAUUAAUUUACUAACACUCACUGGGUUUUAAUUGAAUUUUAGGGCCUGGCUUCAGAACUUAGGGUAUUGAAGAAUGAAAAUUUAGGCAUUAGUUUUUAACUCAGGUUGACUCAGUCGCCGUUUAAUUAUGUAUUUAUUUUGCCAUAGCUAUGGAGAGUCUUAACUAGAGGGUUUUGUAUGAGUCCCUGGGAAUUGUCUAUCUUGAAAGUCUGAUAAAUGAUUCAGGUGGGCAAUCCUACAUGGAAACUGGGAACCCGUGACUUGACUGAUCUGUUGCAUGAGUACUGAGAGCAGUAAUAACAAGUGGUGUAGGAAUGCUUUUUCCUGGCAACUCUAAAGGAUAAUGUGUGUCUGGAGACUAAUUGGUUCCAUUUAUAGCACAUAGAUUGAGCUGUAAUAAUUAUGACUAAUUUUAAACACCUGAAUUCAGCAUAAGAAAUUCUAAAGAUGUAACUUGUAAAUUUGUAAAUAUUAUGUACAUUUUUGACUUUGAGCUUCAGGAACUUUAGACCGUGUACAACUGUGCUUACCCAAGGCUACCUACUCUCCACCUUGAUGCCCUUCCCCCAUUGUGUUUGAUGCCAUUGGAUAUUCAUUCCAUUACGAACAGUGGCCAGCCAGGUGUGGAGUCCAAACUGUCAAGUCCAGCCUGUGCAAUGAUGUAGUGAUAAUGCAAAGUAAAGCCUUUAUGUCUGGCUUUGAGUAAAAUGUUCCAGCAGAGCCUAUGCUUUGUUUGGGUUGAUCCAUAGAGGCUGAGAAACUUUUUUUGAGACUGUUUGAACUUAAAGAAGAAACAUUGUGUCUCUUGAAGGUCUGCACUUGGUGCUACUUGAGAGCUUGCCACUGCACAAACCUUGAUCCUAAGACACUCGAGGCAAACCUGGAGUUCUUCCUCCUGAUUUUUGGCUAGCCAUGAUCAAAGGGACUGAGAUUCGUAUGGGUCAUUUGCUCUCUCUGGUAGCAAAGGAAAGAAAAUCAACCUUGAUAGUUGGAACCUUUUCCAGACCCAAUUAAUUUUGUACUUAACAUAAUAUUGUGAUAAGUGAGUUCUGUGUUUUUAUCUUUGUUCAUUGGGAUUUUUAUAUGUGAUUAUUUGAAGAUAGAAAUUAUGCUUCCUGUCUCUCCACCACAAAAGAGAGAUGCUUCAUGUUGUUAUUAGUUAAUAAUAGGAGUUUGUGAUUACCUUAUAAAAUAAAAUUGUAUUGCUUUAAUUUGGACACUGCUUAGAAAUCUUGUCUGUUCUAAAUUCUAAAGUAUCUAUUUUUGGUGAUGGUAAUUGUAUGUGAAUACAAUGAUAUAGCCUUCAUUUAUUUGUUCAAGGCAUUUGUCUUAACAGAGAUGAGAAUAGGUGAUGGUUGCAGGUUGACUCAUUUAUAUAACCAAUUACCUAUCACCUGACCUGGGUGCUUCCUGUGUCCUGUGAGAUAACACACUAGGUUACUUUCUGACAUUCUGAGGAUAGUGAGUUCUUCUUUCUCAGAUAACCUGAUAGUGGAGGAAGCAGUGCAGGAGUUGAACUCCUUCCUUGCACAAGAGAAUGUGAGGCUUCAGGAGCUGACAGACCUCCUUCAGGAGAAGCAUCACACCAUGUCUCAGGAGUUCUGUAAGUUGCAGGGUAAAGUAGAGACAGCUGAGUCACGAGUGUCCGUCUUGGAGUCCAUGAUUGAUGACCUGCAGUGGGAUAUUGACAAAAUUCGAAAAAGAGAACAGCGUCUCAACCGGCAUUUGGCUGAAGUCCUAGAGCGGGUGAAUUCAAAAGGCUAUAAAGUAUAUGGAGCGGGGAGCAGUCUCUAUGGAGGCACAAUCACCAUCAAUGCCCGGAAGUUUGAGGAAAUGAAUGCAGAGCUUGAGGAGAACAAAGAGUUGGCUCAGAACCGACAUUGUGAGCUGGAGAAGCUUCGUCAAGACUUUGAAGAGGUCACUACACAGAAUGAAAAGUUGAAGGUGGAAUUGCGGAGUGCAGUGGAGGAAGUGGUUAAGGAAACCCCAGAGUAUCGCUGCAUGCAGUCACAGUUCUCUGUCCUGUAUAACGAGAGUCUGCAGUUGAAAGCCCACUUGGAUGAAGCUCGGACCCUGCUUCAUGGCACCCGGGGUACUCACCAGCGCCAGGUUGAACUCAUUGAGCGAGAUGAGGUUAGUCUGCAUAAGAAGCUGAGAACUGAAGUCAUUCAGCUGGAGGAUACCUUGGCCCAGGUUCGCAAGGAGUAUGAGAUGUUGAGGAUAGAGUUUGAGCAGACCCUUGCUGCCAAUGAACAAGCAGGCCCCAUAAACCGGGAGAUGCGGCAUCUCAUUAGCAGCCUCCAGAAUCAUAACCACCAGCUGAAGGGUGAAGUCCUAAGGUAUAAACGGAAGCUGAGAGAGGCGCAGUCUGACCUGAACAAGACACGUCUGCGCAGUGGCAGUGCCCUCCUGCAGUCUCAGUCUAGUACUGAGGACCCCAAGGACGAGCCCACAGAGCUGAAGCAGGAUUCUGAAGACCUAGCCACUCAUUCCUCAGCGCUGAAGGCAUCUCAGGAGGAUGAAGUUAAGUCCAAACGGGAUGAAGAAGAGAGAGAACGAGAAAGGAGGGAGAAAGAAAGAGAGCGAGAGCGAGAACGAGAAAAGGAAAAGGAGAGAGAACGAGAGAAACAGAAACUGAAAGAGUCAGAAAAGGAGAGAGAUUCUGUUAAGGAUAAAGAGAAAGGGAAACAUGAUGAUGGAAGGAAGAAGGAAGCAGAAAUUAUCAAGCAGCUGAAGAUUGAACUUAAGAAAGCACAAGAGAGCCAGAAGGAGAUGAAACUACUGCUGGAUAUGUACCGCUCUGCCCCCAAGGAGCAGAGAGACAAAGUGCAGCUAAUGGCAGCUGAGAAGAAGUCAAAGGCAGAGUUGGAGGAUCUCAGACAAAGACUCAAGGAUCUGGAAGAUAAGGAGAAGAAAGAGAACAAGAAAAUGGCUGAUGAGGAUGCCUUGAGGAAGAUCCGGGCAGUGGAGGAGCAGAUUGAAUACCUGCAGAAGAAGCUGGCUAUGGCCAAGCAGGAGGAAGAGGCUCUCCUGUCUGAGAUGGAUGUCACAGGACAGGCCUUUGAGGACAUGCAGGAGCAGAACAUCCGUCUGAUGCAGCAGUUGCGGGAGAAGGACGAUGCAAACUUCAAGCUCAUGUCAGAGCGAAUCAAGUCUAAUCAGAUCCAUAAGUUGCUUAAAGAGGAAAAGGAAGAGUUAGCUGAUCAGGUUUUGACACUGAAGACUCAGGUAGAUGCCCAGUUACAGGUAGUAAGAAAACUGGAAGAGAAGGAGCACCUACUUCAGAGUAACAUUGGCACAGGGGAGAAGGAGCUGGGUCUUAGGACUCAAGCCUUGGAGAUGAAUAAACGCAAGGCAAUGGAGGCGGCCCAGCUUGCAGAUGACCUCAAAGCACAGCUAGAACUGGCUCAGAAGAAGCUCCAUGAUUUCCAGGAUGAAAUCGUGGAGAACAGUGUCACCAAAGAAAAGGACUUGUUCAAUUUCAAACGAGCACAGGAAGACAUCUCUAGGCUUCGAAGAAAGCUAGAGACCACCAAGAAGCCAGACAAUGUGCCCAAGUGUGAUGAAAUUCUGAUGGAGGAGAUAAAGGACUACAAGGCACGGCUGACCUGCCCUUGCUGUAACAUGCGUAAAAAGGAUGCAGUACUUACCAAGUGUUUUCACGUUUUCUGCUUUGAGUGUGUGAAGACGCGCUAUGACACUCGCCAGCGCAAGUGUCCCAAGUGUAAUGCUGCUUUUGGUGCCAAUGAUUUCCAUCGCAUCUACAUUGGCUGAUUGCAGUCAAGAAAGAGGACUGGCUAGGCAAGCACUUACUCAUUAAUCACCAGGCCUCUACCUCCUCUCUCCUAGACAGCUGGCCAUCUCCCUUGUUCCCCAGACUUUGUCCGGGUUCUCUUCGCCAGUAGCGAGAGAACAUAGUGAGGAAGACUGCAAGUCUUGGGACUUAGAAUGAACUAGAAAUUACUAGCGUUUGUCUUCCCUUCAGCUUUCUUUGUGUCCUUCUUUCGGAUUUUUCAGCAUUUUCUUCUUGGGCCUAGCCUAUAAACUGGUUUUGCCCACUCCUCUUGAAGAAGUCAGGUUGAUAGUUUGGGCACUGAGAAGGGAAUGUGGGUAGAGUGAACAUAUACUAUUAUGGAGGAGUGAAUUUUUGAUAAGUUAUCUAUGGGCCCAAAAUUCUUGAUUUGGGUAGUAAACCUUUCUAAACUUAGGUUAUAAAAUGGUAUAGUUGUGUUAGUCUCUCCUGGAAGGUUUGAAGCCUUAAUGAAAUUAUAUCCAGGAUACUUCAUUCUAUUUCUCACUUCUAGGAGACUGACUUUUUGGGUCAGUUGGACUUCUUGCUAAAGUUAUUUAUGUUUUAGGUAUUCAAAUAUUAAUAGUUUUUUUUUAAUUUCUUAAAGCCAGAAUAAUUUCAAAUGUGAUAGUCCCUAUGGUGUGUGUUUUUUUUUUUUAAUAUACAUCUUUUCUGAAAUCAGAAUUAGUAUUAAGAAGUAACAGGAAUGCAUUGAUUGUGAAGAGAUCUCGGUAGUCUGGGAAUGAGAUCCAGGGCGAUGUUGGGGAAUUAUGAAUUACUGUCCCCUCCUCUCCAGAGGGAGUCUUUGUUCUCUGUGUUCCUGAAGAUUCUCAGUAAUGUUUCUGUAGGAUUUUAAUAUUCCAUGUGCUUCAAUUAAAGCAGGAUUCAGGUUGC